AGCGGUUUUCCCAAUGGCCAUCGGGCUGCAAUUCAGCGACCAAACGUGAUGGAAGGCUAGACCCUGCGAGAUCCCGUCUUGUAUUCCAGAAGCUCACUGUGUGAAAGAAUACUCUCUGCCUGCUCCUUGGGUUUUGAAUCAGCCCACUGUCCGAAAUAAAACAAUAAUACAGCUAGUUGCCUGAAAACUCGCUGCCUCGCGAUGCACAAUUCAUAUACCUUUCUUCUCCCGACCUAAAUCAGUUUCUUGCAUAUUCCGUUCUCGCACCCUCCGGAAGCAUUGGUACGAUAAACACGUCAAUGCUUAUAAUCAACAACGUUCUAUGGGUUUUCACUUAGAAGCAACUUGCCUUCAAUAAAAUAUAUUUCUGGCUCCUUUAUAAUGACUAUUUGUCGAACCCUGACACUGUUCGCCGAAUUUUCACCUUAAUCCUUCAGAAUAUGGCACGAAAAGAUCGGGACAAUAUGGCUCUAUCGGUCAUGGUGGAGGCCAAUUUGUUUACUGCGAUGAAGGCCACCUCUUUUAGCACGUAUCCCGGGGACACUUUGGCACACGUUUUGGCAGCACGUCUUGAUCGAGUUCAACCUCAGGGCCCCAAAGGACAAUGGUCCCCUGUUAGGGUCAUUUCUGAUUCCGAUGAUGAACCCGACCAGAGCGGCGAUCAUCAAUGCUGGACCUUAACUACAGAUCAUACAAUAUAUCCCAAUAACCCAGAAUGGUUUGACGAAUACGUAACUCAAUCCAUUAAAAUCAUCUCCCCGACAUACUUCAUUCACGGGCCAGGGUGGGAAGCUGAUUUCCAACGGGUAUUCUCACAAAGAUCAGAGCACUAUAACCCUAUCGUGCGGUACGGAAUCAUGUACACUGAGUACAAUCCUAGUACGAGUCUCAAUGUACACAUAGGAAACGGCACAAAUCCCAACGCGGGUUUUCCUUUUCACACCAUCCGCAACCUUGCCAUGAUUUUACUGGUAUACGAGCCUGAAGUGGACAGAAUGCUCCGCCUGCAUACCUUCCCUGCUCAUCAAAACAACCCCAAGCGAUGGUUAACGCCCCUUAAAAGCCCACACUUUCUCCCUCCAAAUCUCCCCCAUUCAUGUCCUUCUGACAUGUUAGCUUCUCAUCUCCUGAACACAUGCCCCGAUAUGCGGUCGCUCGUUAAUGCAAUGAACCCAAGUCUUCCUGAAUUUCGUCAACCGAACAGCCACUUUUACUUCAAAUACGAUUUCUCUUCGCUCCUAGAUCCUACGGAAGAGCCAAGCUCAGCCACAAAUCAGCCCAAUGGGUAUCCUGCUCCUCCACAGCCAGCACAGUCGAAACAAAAAACGAUCCAAUUCCGCCUUCCAAGCAACUUGGUGGUAGAUCCUGAGAUAUUAAUACAUUGGGUUAGAUUACUCGGGAGCCUGGUGGAAUUUGCGAGCGAAGUACACCUUGAUACACUGAACGAAACCCUAGGAGUUACUGUCCCGGAUGCUGAGACUAUUGGCAACCAAGGAGGCACGGUAAUAGGUACAAGGCCACCAGAAUUUGCCUCUCCUCAACCUCUAGGAUCGUUAUUGCGCCUCUUUACAGCUAUGGAACAAGCACAAAUUCCGUUGGAUUCCGACACCGCACGCUUCUGGUACCGACGGAGGACGAGAGCGUGA